GGAAAUAUUUCACAAAUUCCGGAAUUAUUUUAACAAUUUUGAACAAAAUAUUCAAACAAAAUUUGAAUUUAAACAGCAGGCUGAAUGAAUUUAAUCUCAUUUCCCAGGAGCUCGAGCCAUCAUUUACUCAUUCCAACGAUGAGUCCCACAGCCCAUCAACUUUGCAAUCUCUACUCGAUUUUACACUCCUUUUUGUUGCUAAGUGAAGUCGCCGUAUUCAAUGCAGAGCUGUUGUUCAAUUGGUAUACGUCGCGCCGUUGUCGAGCCAAGCCAAAUGAGCCACCACCGUAGAGCAUGGAGUGCCGUUGGCGGUCAUGGAACGAGCUGCAGGCUCGUAGCGCCGUCGCGGCCUUCACGCGAGCAAUGAGCCAUACGAUCGAGGGCGCAACAACAGUUUGCUCGAGUCGCAGAGGCAACAAUCGUUGUUGAUCUGCCGUUCAGGUUCCUGGAGAGCCUGCAGUGGACGUCGUCGGAGCAUCAUCUUCCCCUACGACAUCAUAUUCUUGAGCCUAAGCGAGAGCAGUGACAACGGUUCGGCGAAUAGACAACACUGAAGCUUCCACACGUGGCUAGCUGAUGCUGUGAGCAUGCUCGGAGAUUCCCUCGGAGGCAGGCACGCAUGGGCGAGCCAUAGGAGGAGAGGAGGAUUUUUGUAGUUGUAAGGAUCUAGUGCUCACCGAGGACGCCGCUCGACGCAUCCUUCCAUGCCUUGCUCUGUUUGAGCUUUUCAUUCCAUCCCGUUUUCUCUUCUUUUUGUUUUCUUUUCCAUUUUUCCCCUAUCUAGACGAUGAGGAUCGAAUGCUAUUGAACGGAAGAAAAUACGUAGAAAGAAUUUUGUUUAAUUUGAUUUAUACGCUUCUAUAAGACCCAAUCGGAGAUAGAAGUCCUGACUUAUGACAAUCCCGGGGUUUCAAAAACUUAUGACAAUCCCCACAUCGUGCCUGAACGUGACCAACAACGGACGGAUGAAAAAUUGUUUCGGAGCAUGAGGGAGAAAUGCGUACCAAAGACACGAUAUGGGAGGGAAUCGAACAGACAAACUCAUGCAAUACGGGGACGACGUAAGAAAUCCUAGCAAAAACAUCUUAAAUUUUUAUAAUAGUAGAGAUAGAGAUAAACAAACAAUCAAAUAUUCUUAUGUAUCGGUUAUAAUGAUGUACCAGAAGUUGCAUUGGAUGUCCACUAGACAUGGGUAACAUGGAAGAGAAAAAGAAAAGGUAAAAAGAACAAGAUGAAAAAUCAUCCAAUCAAGCCAGGACACAUAGAAUGGUGGAUAGUACUAAAUUGGGGCUGGUCCUUUGUUUCCAGGUAGCAGAUCGAUGGGCUAUUGGGCUGUGACCUGUGAAGGAACAAGUUCAUUUGAGACCCCUUAACUUUAUAUCGGAUCCGAUUUUCAUCCUUGAACGCAAAAGCCUACAACCGGUCCCUGAACUAUCAAAACAGAUGCAAACGAGAUCCCUCGGCGGUUUGGAAGGCGGUUUUGGCUGACGGGGGUGCCUACGUGGUUGGUUUGACUAGGUCUUCAUUCCACGUGGCAUUGACGUGGUGCUUACGUAGCAAUUCGAUCUCGGAAAAAAUAAUAAUAACUGUGUCGACGUUUGAGAUCGUGACUACGGUACUUGGAUGUUAUGGGGAUCGUUGGUACCAGGGUAUAUGCGAGAUUGAGGUAAAAGAGAUGGAGACAGGGAUUUUUAUACAGGUUCGAGCCCCUUAACUGACAGGUAAUAGCCCUACAUCCUAUUGGCUGAAGCCGGUGUUGCUCCUUUAUUCAUCUGAAUCACACAAAUACAAUAUUUGGGAUAACCUAUCUAACUGUCGUCGACUUAGCGGCUAGAUAACCAACUCGUAGUCGACAACAUGGUAGUCUUCCUCCUCGAGCAUGAACUCAUUGCGCUAGAUCCCUCUUGCCGGCUUUCCGUAGGCACCGGAUGGGGGUAUGGCUAGGCUAAUCUCUGGUGUCGAGAUCUUAUGGCGUGUGUUGGCUUGUGUAUUUGUGGCGUGUCCCCUCUCCUCCUAGGGGGCUUGUAUUUAUACCCAUAGGUGCCCCCUUGUCUAAGUAAGACUAGGGAGAUAAAUAUGGAUACAAUCUAAAUAGUCCUUGUCGUUUCCAUAUAGAACUCUAUUUGUCCUUCUUUAUUCGGAACUCCUUCUAUAUACGAGGUUUGUUUUCAUAUAAGACAUGGUAUGUGGUGGGCCCUGCCGAGUUUACUUAACUACUAUUAGGUAUGUGGUAUCCAUAAUCCUGAUAAACUCUGGGCUCACAUGUUAGCUACACACAAAACAAUUUUAAAAAUGGUGGGCCCACAUGGGCCCCGCAUGUCAUCCUCACUCCUCCCUCCUUCCCUCUCUCCUCUCUCUCUCUCUCCCCUGCACUGUAAGGAAAAGGGCAGAGUGGCGACGGGCGACAUAGAGGGGCUGAGGCCGGACCUCCGCCUGAGCCGGAACCACCAUCGGCGACGCCCACGCCACCUUAUCCACCCCCUCUGACUACUUGAGCUACCGAGGUUGGAUUGCUCGGAUGGACGGCGAGGCGGAUGGUGCGCAUGGCGGUGGUGUGGCUAUCAAUGAGGAGGAAGGGGGAGGUGGCGGCGGCGAGGCGGGUGUUGGUGAAGCGGACGCAACUACGGUUCCAAGAGGUGGCGAGGCGGUUCACCGGUGUGCGGCAACGGCCGUGGGGGAGGUGGGCGGCGGAGUCCGCGACCCCAAGGAGAACGAGUGACGCGCAUGGCUCGACACCGCCGUGGGCCGAGGCCACCGCCGCCGCCUCUAAUAUAAUGACGCCUGCGUUCGCCUCCACGGCCCCGGUGCCACCCUCAAUCUCCCCUCCCACCGCUACGUCGCUCCUGUCCUGCCUCCACCGCCAUCGACUGAGGAGAAGCCGCUACUGUUCCAGCCCCGCUGCCUCCAGGAAGAAGGCGAUGCUGUUUCCGCCGCCGUUGCCUGCUGCUGAAGAAGAAGCCGCUACCACCGCCGCCACUGCUGAAGGAGAACACCCCCGCUCACGCGGUCCCGCCACCGCUGUUGCCUCCAAAGAAGAAGCCGUUUCCGCCACUGUCACCGAUGGCGGCAGCGAAGGAGGAGCCCAUCGAGCUCGCGGCGGUGGCGCCGCCACAUUUCAUGCUCGGGUCAGUGUGGCCCCUGCUAGCCGACAACGGGAAGCGCAAGAGGCGGUCAUGCUGCGGCGGACGCAUCACCACCCUCAAUACCGCUACCUCCUCCGUCGAACUCCAUCUCCGUCUCGAGCACGGUGGCGAUGGCGCCAGAGUCGUCUUCCUCGUCAUCGGAGCCCUCGGCCGGGCGCUCCGACUCCUCCUGUGGCUUCUGGGCCAGGCGCAUGAGCAGCCACGGUCACCACCAUGGAGGUCGCGGACAAUGACGACCCGUCGGAGAGGGAGGGCGCCACGUCGCCAAGGUCACUGCCCGCCGUCGGUUCGCUCCGCUUGCUCCACCGUUCUCCUCGUGACCACCUACCUGUCCGCUACCUGGGAAAAGACGAUGAAGAAAUGGGAGAGGGAAGAAAGGAGGAGUGAGGAUGAAGAAGAAAAGAGAGAGGGGAGAGGGAAGAAAGGAAGAGUGAGGAUGACACGUGGGGUAUAUAUGAGCUCCACUAUUUUUAAUUAUGUUGUGUGUAUAGCGGACAUGUAGACCUGUAGUUUUUAUUUUUUUCUGGGAUCGAAUUGCCACGUAAACGUCACAUGUGUGAUUAAGAUUUAGUCAAACCAACCACGUAGACGCCACAUCAGUCAAACCGCAUCGUUUGCAUCGGUUUUAAUAAUUUAGGGACUGGUUGUAUCUAGUUUUUGGGUUUAAGGAUAUAAAUCGGAUUUGGUGUAAAAUUAACGUACCUCAGAUGAACUUGUUCCACCUGUGAACGGCUACGAUAUUUUGUGCUGCCCAACAGACGAAUUCUCCCAAAUCACAAUCGGAUUGCACGCAUCUCCAAGCAACAAACGAGCCCGGCACCGUAUCUUCCCCUCCUCGUCCUCCUCUUCCGCCGCCGCCCCCAUCGGAGAGAGGAGACGAGUACGCGAAGCACAAAUGCAAUGUCCGUCUCCAGAUUCCUCCGCCGCGCCGCGCUGACCACCGCCAUGGCUGGGGCCGCCGCGACCUUGGCUCUCUCCAAGGCGGAGCAGUGCGGGGUUUCCGUCCGCCUCUCCCGUCCGUCGCCCCACCGCGGCGCCGACGACGCCACCCGCUGCGGCCACCUGGGGUUAGUCCGCGCGCACCCCGGACUGCGGGAUCUCAACGCGGCCCUCACCACCACCACCACCAGCGGCGGCAGCGCGGACGCCUCCUUCUUCCUCGACGCGGCGCACGCGCUCGCCGCCAGCGCGCUCCGCGUGCCGACCAUCACCGGCGGGGCGAUCCGCUUGAUGGUCUCCGACAGGAUCCCCAAGAAGCUCGCGGCCGCGGAGUCCAAGGGCGACUCGAAAGCCGCCGUCCAUCUCAGGCUCGAGCUGGCCACCCUGCACGCUCGGGAAGGCCGUCUCGACGAGGCGCUCGCGGCCGCCGUCCAGCUGGCCAGGGACAAUCCCGGCGACAUCCGCCCGCGGCUCGCCGCCGCCGCGCUGUGCUGCCUCCACGGCCGGUCCGGGACCGCGUUCGAGUGGCUCAAGAGCGUCCCGGAGAGCGCCCGCCGCUUCAAAACCAGUGAUCGGUUCGUGACCAUCGUCGUGUACGCCAUGCCCGGAUCCUCGCCGCAGCGCGUCGAAGAGGGCGUCGACGGGAUGGUCGUGGACGUCGCGGCCGCGAUCGCCGAGGACACGCUCUCCAUGAAGCUGGAGGAAGGCGAGUGGUCCACGCUGGAGAGGCUCGAGCUCGCGGUGCUCGGAAGAUUGCUCCGCCGCUUCGUGUCCAAGCGCUUCGCCGCCGCCGCCUACCCGGAGUUCAAAUCCUGGACGUGGACACGGCCACCGCCUCCCCCCAUCAACGCCACCGAGUCCCAGCUGAACAAGGCGCUCGUGCUGUGCUCCCAGGCGAUGCUAGCGCCGGUGCUCGGAGCGCGGCCACUCUGCGGCGAGCGCCUCCGCGAGGUGCGCGCCGUCGCGGACGCCGAGGCGGAGGCCGACGCCUCCGCGGCGGUGGUCGACGUCAACCUCCUCCUGGCGUUCCUCGCGAUCCGAGACGGGCGCUUCGACGAGGCCAUGCAGCGGUACAGGGCGGCCGUGGCGAGAGACCCGUCGGACCGCCGGGCGUACGAGCUCGCCGCCGCGCUCUGCUCCAUCGCCGGCCACGCCGCGGAGGAGCGGGACGCGUGGCUGCGCGGCGAGGAGAGGCACUGCGACCGCGGCCGCGGCGCGACGGCGGGACGUGGCGGUGGCCUGCAGCUGCAGGCUCUCCUCGACGAGCAGGUGGUCGCCGCCGCGCUCGGCCUCGGCGGCGACCGGACGGCCCGCGACCCGCACCGCGGCCGCGUCCUGGCCGCCGCGUGGAGGGAGGUGGACGCCGGGCUCGCCGCGGCGCUGCGCGACGGGGACCACCUGACCAUGGCGGAGCGCGCGCAGCUGCGUGGCCUCCGCUGCGUCCUGCGCGCCAAGAUGCAGCCAUUGCUGGACACCGCCGCCAACAGUACUGGACCGGACAACUCUCCUCAACAACGAUCUCAUUAGUCAUCACAAUGGUCGACGAGGGGAUUCACAAGAGAAAAUACCCAGCUUGAUCAUGCAACAUGAACUGUUUUUUUUUUUUUUAGCAAACCAAACAUCGCUAAAAUUACUGUUUAAAAUGUCAAUAUUUUGGUAUGGCAGGUUUUGGCUUCAAACCAAAUCAGCCCCUAAUAUUUGUACUCCCUCCGUUUCAC